AGCCAAGAUGAAGCUGCAACGCGCUGGCGGCACUGGCGGUGGUGAGUCUCAUGUUCGAACCCGCCGCAGUCCCGCGUUAAACUUUGUUUGAUUGGUAACAACAUAGUGCGCCGUGCCCCCGAGAUACUCCGUCGGUUGAUCAGAUAUCGGGGUAUCAGUAGGAUUUGCGCACGCGCACCUAUAACGUCGAAAAUGCGUGCGCGAUGCUAGACAGUUAUGCUGGGUAACGCCAUGCUGUUUGACUGGCUGCUUUCCUUGGGUGCCUGGCAGCUUCAGCAGCUUCAGUGCUACUCGGGAGAUUGAACGAAGCCUGUCAUUUACCUGCAUCCCAUUGAGACUGUGGCACUGACGGACUUCAUAGGCUACAAACUGCGCUUUAGGUACCGGCAUGGACGGCGCGUUACGGUCUCUACAGCAAAGAAUGGGAUCGGGUGACCAGGGCCGUUACCCUUGGCGCUGGAGUCUUGAACGUUUGCUACGUGGCCUCAGCACAGAGCGCGCCUGCUCAGCAGACGCGUUCGCGGAAUGCUGGCUCAUCGAACACAUAGCCUCAUGGAACCAGGCUCUGCGGCCGGCGAGGCUUGUAUUGACAGAGUUCGAGCCGGGCAAGCUAUGCCUGCGUUCCUACGACGACCGAGACGGUUUCGGCGCAAGGUACCGUGGCGGCAGCGGUAACGAAAAUGACGGUGCUUUCCUCAUGGCAUGGCUGCCCAGACAACACUUCUGCAUCCACGAGGUCCGCGUGCAUGACCGUAUGCAUGUGGAACGGCUCUCCUUCGUGGCUUCUUUCAUCGUUGGGCCAGCCCCCAACCUGCACCGUGUGGUGUUGCGACCGCGCUACAGACUCGAGCCCGAGAGCGGGUUCCUCGAAGCGUUUGGCCCGCCCCAAUGUCUCAGAGACUUGGACCUCUCGAACGUUCACAUCAGUGACUCCAUCGCUCCCAAAGUGGCCGAAGUUUUGCGCGGAAAUUCGUCAACCCUGAACAGUGUCACCCUCGUGGGAAACCAGCUGUCCCCAGAAGCCGCCGGCACCCUGCUUCUUGCACUUGUCGCGUGCGCGCGGCUCAGAGACUUGAGCCUUCAAGAUAGCAUGGACUCCUCAGCCUGUGACGCUUUGGCAGAGCUGUUCAGGAGCAACAGGGCUAUUCAGAAACUUACGCUGGUGGGACUCGGCAAAGCUGGCAUGACCUGCAAGCACCUCGGAUCCCUGGACAGACGCAGGGCUUGUGUGAACUGUCUAAAAGACCUGUUUGCUGCGCUGGAGGGCAUUCUGUGCUUUAAGGACCUGACAUUGGUAUCGACCUCGAUCAAAGCCUUAAUGGGAAGGGCACUAGCACACUUUUUAAAGAGGCAUCACUCACUCGUCACGUUGUCACUAGAAAGCUGUACUGUUGAUUCUGAAGGGGCAGCGCAAAUUGCCAAAGCACUGUCUGCCAACUGCACACUGGAGCAACUCAGCUUGCCAGACUGUACUCUUGAAGGUGACGUGGUCACCAAGUUGUGCUCGACUGUGGCCGCCAACACAACCCUGAGGAGUCUCGUGCUGCCCGAGGUCUUCACUUCCACCCGUACCAUAGAAGAAGGGGGCCCUACAUUCGAGAUGCUGAAGCAACGGUGCCCCGGUCGCGUCUACUUUCCUCUAUCUGUGCCUCUUCCAUCGUUCGUGUCUCCGGCCCUGGCUGAGGGCCUUUCGUGUGCUUCCAAGCUGAAGAUAUGCCACUGGGGUAUCGUAGGUGAUGUGCUGUGCUCCAUGUAUGCCUCGCUGUCCCUGAACAAUUCACUGCGCUGCCUCCACAUCGACUAUAUGGGCGGCGGCAGCGCAGACAGCGGUGUUGCAUCGGAAUCUCUCCUCAGCUCCUUGUGCACUGCUCUCACAACUUGUGCACAUUUCCACACUUUCCACCUGGACCUGCACAGGUCCUUCAACGACUUUGAGGAGGCGAUUCCACUGGCUGAAAUCUUCACUGCUCUAGAAAACAAUCCACGCCUAAGGAAGUUAUCGCUGACUGUUCCUCGGCUGGACUACAAAGCUGCGCAGUUGCUAUCCCUCUUCGUAUCCCAGUGCAAAAGGAGUUUGGUCGAGCUUCGUAUCAAGAGCUGUGAUGCCAUUCCAGAAGCUGCCUUUGGUGCACUUUAUGCUAUGGUUACAAAGAACACGUUCCUGUCAAAGCUGACCCUCAGAUGCACUGCGUGGGAUGAUGUGGUGCGGGCGAAUGCAGCCUUGGACGACGCCUUGGAACGCAACCUGGGCCUGCUCAACAAGGCGGCACGGUUUGUAAUGAGCAUGGACGGCGGAGGAGGGCCAGGGGUACUGACCAACGAGCACAGCUGCGCCGCUGCUUUUGACGAGCUGUGUGGCACAGCGUCGCUCCUGGAGCAUCUGGUGAUGCUGUCUGGAAAGUGCGAGCCCCACGUGUUGCAAAGCAUUACGAGGGCCAGGUGCUACAUGCAGGAGAAUUACAUGGUCUAUGCAGGCGUCGUGCAGGCAGCAGUUGUUUGUGAAGCUGUUGAUGGGAGUACGCAGCUAGAUGCACUCAACGUUGAUUGCUGGCGUGCCAUAGUACAGUACCUCAAACUCAGCGAUGUCAAAACAUAGUUGCUUUGAGUGAGGAUGUGAGGGGAACAGUUUGGAUAAGCUUGUUGCAUAACAAGAUUCCUGCUGCUAGAAUGAAUACAAGAGUACAUAUUUUUGUUUAGUCUCAUUUGUAGCAGUACAUAUCAGUGUGACAGUGAGGGGUGAGUAGAAUGAAUUUAUUUAGCCUUGUUUAGAGACCAGUGCAUAUCAUGAUGAGCUGAGAAUGUCUUUGUUGGGACAUUGGCUGAUGUUUGUGCUGGUGAAUACCAAAUGCUUGGAAAGCCAUGGCACUUAUUGGUGUCUGCAACUUGUCAGUGAAUGCUUGCCGUAUUGUGCUGCACUUUAUACAGUGUUUAGUUGUUGAUCGUAAUGAACUGAUUUUUUUGAUGUGAUAGUUUCUAUUCGUGCGAAUGUAAGGUACUACAAAUUACUCCAGAAUAAUAUGUGAAGCCGAUUUAGUGGGCAGUGUAGCAAAGCUGGCAUAGCUACAGUGCAGGGCUUUUGACACAGGUAUCAUAUGGAAAGACUUGCGCAUGUGGGGAAUAUUUUAGUGUACUUUGCUUUGUAUGUAGCAGCAAUCAGCCUGCAUAAAUUAUGCAAAAGUGCAUGCGGAAACUUGCUGUAAGUCUGCAUUGCAUUUAGUGGCUUUGUCUCCCGCGUGAUUAGCUGACAUUAGUGGUUAGGGGGAGAUGCUCCACAUUAGUGGUUAAGGGGACAUGCUCCUCGAAAAAAACAUUUCUUUAAUAAACGUACUACAGAUUUGAAAAUCCACCAACUUAUAGAGCAUUUCAAGCAGAUUUCAAAUAUGUAAUUAAUUUCUACGUAGCUGCUACAGUUCUACAGAAUGUCAGUCGUACAAUGUAAAUCCUUCACAAUGGCAAAAUAGUGAUUUUGUGGGCACUGUAUUUUGUAAUAAAUUUUUGCAAAACGCUUUGUGCUGUAGCUCAUUUAGCUCUUUGUAGACCACAAACUGCCAACAUCUAUUCAAACAGCAUGUACAACUACUGGAACUACGAAAAAUGAAGUAGGACACUUCAACUAAUUUUUUUCACAAUCGCAUGAAAAUAACCUUGUACACUUACAAUUGCUUUAUAGUAAUGAAAUGUGGCAUACAUACUUUUGAAGGUAUGCACAGUGCUAAUAUGUACUUGAAAUUGCAAUAUCUCGAAGCAGUAAGUUGCAAAAGUACAUGGUUACAUUUCAGAGAAUGGAGAAAAAAAAUUAGUUGAAAUGUUCAAAUAUUUUUGCAUAGUUUCAGUAAUUGUACACACUGUUGGGCUAGAUAUCGGCACUUUGCAAUCUACAAAGAGCUAAACAAGCUACAGCACGAUGCUUCUUGUGAAAAUUUAUUACAUAAUGAAGUGCCCACAAAGGUGACUAUAUUUUGGCAUUGUGCAUCACAUAACUCUAAAGCUAUAACAGCUACACAAGAAGUAGUGCCAUAUUUGAAAUUUGCAUAGAAAACUCUAUACUUGACUGAAUUUUGAAACCUCUAAUACAACUAAUAAAGAAAAGUUGCUUCGAGGAGCGUCUCCCCUUAAUUUAAAAUGUUCUUUUCAUUUAUUUAGUUUACAAAAUUAGACUUAACAUAGUUUUUAAUUUUGUGUUGAGCAAUGUCCAUUGCUUUCAAUGAGCUCUGCAUAAUAGUUGAUUGAUAAAUAUAUUUUGGUCUUGGGCUUCUGAUCUCAUCUUUGUUUAGCACUUUUGCAAGUUUUUGUGUGUGCACUGGGCAUGCAGUUGCCAUAUUCAUUCUGUUACAGCAUAUUAUGAAGACCAAUAAUCUGCUGAGUGAGCUGUGUUUUAAGUACAUCUCAGCUGUUGGACAGUUUUCCAAAACUAACAUCUGUAUUGCAAGCUUGAAAUAAAGGCACCACCAAAAAGGCAGGCAAACCUCUAAAUACUUGCCUAGCAACGUUAAGGAGUAAAUAAAAACAUGAAGCAAGCUGAUUUUCUGGAUAUUAAAUUGAGGAUGCUACCCUAGUUACAGUGGAUGUGUUCGCGGUUGCAGACGAGCACAAGCACACUGCUUCGUAACUUUUAUGUGGGAUAUUCAGUGGCAUAAUUUUGCUCUUCAAUGCAGUGCACUUCUAUUAGACCUCCAGCUAACUAUUGUUUAUUCCAAUUUUGAUCUUUGUCUGAACAUCGCUGUCAUUGGCAAUGAAUCUGUUGGCCAGGGCUUUUCCGACCAGUGAUGUAAGCGUUACACCGGUGUGCACAAAGUGCAAUUUCUUAAAGAAUUAAAGGCAAUAAGAUGGGGAACCUCUUGCACCUGGCAGACAUUUCAUGAUUGAACCAGAGCUGAGCGUGUCAGCGGUAUCGAAACAUAAUUCAAUGGUGUAUUUUGGCAUUUAGCGAACCCUCUGAAGAUUCGCACCCUUAGUGUAUGCAUGCAGUGGGAACAGUGUAGAAUGUCUUAACUUUUAAUCAGUCAAAGCUGUUUAAGUACGAAUUCAUGGCACUGCCAUGACUCUGUGCCUGCCACACUUCUACCAUUACGGUAUGCUUCCAAAUAGGGAGCAUAUUGCACUUCCUGACAGGGUGCAUACAGAUAUGCUCCCUAUUUGGUAGCAUGUGGUGAUGCUUUGACGAUAAACCAAAAGCAUCAUGUUAUCAGCUCAAGACUGCUGCCAUUGCUAUUUAUGGUUUCAAAGGCUUUUUAUUUCUCUCUCUACACUCGGGGUUGGGUGGGGGGGGGGGGGGUAUCCAUGCCCUUAGCACUGGCGCAGCUGUCACUGUGCUGUCUCAGUAUCAAUGGUGCACAAAUGGCCCUCAUGUGAAAGGUUGUCUGCAGAGAUGUGAUAGACACAGUGAAUUUGCAUGCGAAAAUGAGCCAAGUGGACACACCCUCACAAUCAACUCAGUCUGCUCUGCAUUGGAGCCAGGGCAGUGUUCUGCCUUUUGCUAUGAGCAUGGUGCAAACAAACACCGAUGUUCUUGCUGUGUGCAUAUUGCACCAUGGUGUGUACAUGGAUCAUAGUGGAACAGACAGAACACUUCAAGCUAUACAAAAUGCCGAUGGUUUUCCUUCUGUCUUGUCUUGUACACCAUUGAGGUUCGCAUGCCUCACGAAAAAAAGUAAACUUUUUUAUUCUUGGGGAAACAAAGGUUGAGUGAGGGAAACAGACAGAUUUGCAUUGUUGAAUGAAAUAAGUACAGUCGCCAAUCGGUUUUUUUCUUACGUGGAAAGGAGGCGUAAAAUUUUCCAAAUUAUGGGUCUAUCAAAGAAAGCAAAUUCGAAUGAGAAAAUAACCAACCCUUCCUCUACCGGAAAAUAGGAGUAAGCGAAGCUUGUCCUGCGUGGAGCUGACCUUCAUUAUGGUUAAGUAACCCACAGGUAACAGUGCCAGAUUGCUUCGGCCUCCCGCUCCCUCAGUUUGGGAUCUUUUUAUUGUUGCUAUCAGAUUGCCUAGGCUUGGGCGGCACUAAUGGCUGGGAAGGCACACCAACGGCGAGCCCUUUCACGAGCGAGUUCUCGUCGCUGCUCGUAGAAGCCUGCGUGUUCCUUGGGGGAACACGCAACGUAUGGCCGUCCCAUCUAUUUUCCGAGACCGAACUGAACGGAAUGGAAACAAAGCCGAUGCAGUGCAUGCGAAACCCUUUCUUACCAUUUUCCUCCCCAGCGGAAGCAAAACAGCUCUGACGAGGGUGUUUUGAUGAGUUGCGCGCAUGGCGUGAUUCACGUUCCGGUGAAGCUGUCAGCUCGUCAAACCACCCUUUCCCGCAGCUUCUCUGCUCUAGGAGCAACUGUUCUUUUUUUUCUUUUUUGCAUAGCCACAUCAUCAUCAUCGUCAUCAUCAUCAGCCUGGUUGCGCCCACUGCAGGGCAAAGGCCUCCCCCAUACUUCUCCAACUACCCCGGUCAUGUACUAAUUGUGGCCAUGUUGUCCCUGCAAACUUCUUAAUCUCAUCCGCCCACCUAACUUUAUGCCGCCCCCUGCUAUGCUUCCCUUCCCUUGGAAUCCAGUCCGUAACCCUUAAUGACCAUCAGUUAUUUUCCCUCGUGAUUACAUGUCCUACCCAUGCCCAUUUCUUUUUCUGGAUUUCAACUAAGACGUCAUGAACUCAUGUUUGUUCCCUCACCCAAUUCGCUCUUGUCUUAUCCCUUAAGGUUACACCAAUCAUUUUUCUUUCCACAGCUCAUUGCGUCGUCCUCAAUUUAAGUAGAACCCUUUUCGUAAGCCUUCAGGUUUCUGCCCCGUACGUGAAUACUGGUAAGACACAGCUGUUAUACACUUUUCUCUUGAGGAAUAAUGGAAACCUGCUGUUCAUGAUCUGAGAAUGCCUGCCAAAUGCACCCCAGCCCAUUCUUAUUCUUCUGAUUAUUUCAGUCUCAUGAUCCGGAUCCGCGGUCACUACCUGCCCUAAGUAGAUGUAUUCUCUUACCACUUCCAGUGCCUCGCUACCUAUCGUAAACUGCUGUUCUCUUCCGAGUCUGUUAAACAUUACUUUAGUUUUCUGCAGAUUAAUAUUUAGAUGCGCCCUUCUGCUUUGCCUCUCCAGGUCAGUGAGCAUACUUUGCAAUUGGUCCGCUGAGUUACUAAGCAUAACCAUAAUGCCACUGAAAUUUGCGAGGCAAUACAAGCUUCACUUGAAAAGCAGCUAGUGGCAUAAUUUAUUUAGGAGUGCAUCGAAUGUUGACAGGCGCAGUGGCAAAGAAAACUACCAUAUUUAGUCUAAUCUAGGCCGGCCCUGGUUCUAAGCCGACCCCCAAAUGUCUGAAGCCCGAAAAAAUAGAAAGCUUACCUUGAAUAUAGGCCGAACAAAAAUGUGAGGACAGCAUUCACAAGAUGAAAACGGUACUUAUUUAAUAUGAACAUGCCAAGCUCGCUCUGUUAUCGAGCUUGUAGGCAUCAGCGUGCUGGUGCAUGCGCAGAUCAUGUGGCACUGCUCGCAUGCAUCGUAAUGCGGCAUGAUCUCGGUGAACAGCUCCUCUCUGUUAUCGCGCGCUUAUUUUCUUCAUCGCUAUCAUCUCAUUGCUGGGGCACACGGAUCCCUCCCUCCCUCCCGGUUACCCCUCAAACGACAGAUGUUUUUCUCAUCGAUGCCAAAGGCCCGCCCGGCUUGAACAUUUGACAAUGCCUCUACGGCUAGCACAACUUUUUGUUUGAAAGCGGCAUCGCCUGUUUGAUGCCAUUAUGAUAAAGUCACGCUAUGGGUCACGCUGCACGCCAAUAUGACAGACGUCAAAAUAGCGGUGCCGCUCAUGUACUUCAUUUGGCUAAUGGCAUGGCUAAUAGCGGCUGUGAUACUGACUUUUCUAGGCGACGCUAGCUAUGGACCAAAUUUAUCAUUUUCAAUUACAAACUGGCGCAUUUUUUUAAAAUUAUCAGAUCUAAGUUGACCCUAGAGUUUGGUGUAUGAUUAUUUGAAAGAAACUAUCGGCCUAGAUUCGAAUAAAUUCGUUAAGUAUAAGCUAAACAUAACUUGCAAGACCUGAAGCACAGCAGCAUUGAACAGCUAGCUAUUUCAAUGAAAUUACAAUACUGGCGAAUUUUCCUUAAAGUAAUAUCAGCACAAAGCUAGAAAGAAGUGUCAGCAAUGUAGCUCUUGCCCCCUACAGUCCACUAGCCUCCUGCUUAGCCCUGUUGGUAAAUCUCCUGCCUAGGGAAAGGCGGUGGUUCUGGAGUUCAUCUCGAAAGCAGGACUAAUCAUACUUCAAGUGACUCCUUUUUUUCUGAGGAGCCCUCAUAGGUUUUAUUUGUAGUUCCAUGCUACUUUCAGGCAGAUGCCAGCUUCUGCUUUCACAUUUAGUGGCUCAUGUGUAUGAGAUUUGGAUCUAUGUAAGGCAGUUCUCUGCCUAAUAAACUGUACAAAUUAAUUUUUUCAAUGGUAAACAAUGACUGGGGCUUGUCUUGCAUAGCUUUUUCUAGAAUAAAACUGUUCUAGAAGAGCAGAUAAUGAAAUGGAGGGUCAUGGCUUUGCAUCUGAUGUUUUUACCUAGACCCAUGUUUUUCCUGAAGUGAGAAUAUAGUGCAUACCAGAGCUGAUCAGAUGAUUUGUUUUGAGAUGAGUUGCAGAGUUCAGAUUUCUUUAUAUGCCAUUUCUAAGUCCUUUAGCAUGUUGUAGCCUCGUAGUGUUUGCAACACAUUGGCCAUUGAUGAUAUCCAGAAAUGAGAGAACGAAAGGAAAGAGCCUUAUGCACCAUGGCAUGUAGUGAAAAAAAUGUUCAGUGUGAAUCACACUUGUCUAGAUUGGUCAGUCGGCUGAUUUGGCUCCACUCUUUUUCACACAAAAAGGGGCACAGGUCGAUGCUACAAUGAGACCAUGCAUGGUUCAGCCGCAUGCUAGGUCUAUGCGCUACAAGACACACAAGUGGAACCUUGUAGCUUGAACCUUGUAGCCAGCCACUCGACCACUCUAGACAAGUGCAAUUCCAACCAGUGAUGGAAGGGGUGUGCCAAUUAUGCCAAACUGCGCCGUGAAGGAAGUCCUGCUGCAUGUUGCACUAAAUGGUAGUUUAUUGCAGGUAUUGUGCCAGGCCUGCGCUGACACGUAUCUGCUCUGAAUUCAGAAUAUUUGGUGCAUGUGAGUAAACGUGCAUCAGCAACCAUCCUUCGCGACUCACCCUCGUGCGCCUUCCAUCACAGCUACAGCAUAUACAGCGUGCAGCCGCCAUCUUAUUGCACUUGGACGUUAUACGGAACCUCAUGGCGAUGCUGGCAUGACGACAACAGCGGAAAUUCGCCUGCAGUGUCCAAUAAUAAUGACAAUAAUAAUUAUGUAAUUAUGUUGAUGCACGAUUGUGAGGGCACAGCUGCUAGAUGUACCUUUCUCGCAGUCGCUUAGUGGGGGGCUGUUAUUGAAAUACAGAACUAUGAAUUAGGAUUAAGUUUGCACUUAUGUUCAUUUUCUUUUAUAAUAACAAUGAAAUGGAACAGCAAGUUAAAGAAAAAAAUACUUGCAUCUUAGUAUAAUACAUGUUAAAUGCGAUGUUUCAGGAAACACUUAUACAGAGCUUCCUCUUUGCACCUGAGCAGUAGGUUACUCCUCCAAAAGCAUAAUUUCUCCUCCAAACUGUUAUUUUCGCUGCUCCGAAAGCUGCUCCAAAAGACCAAGCGCUGCUUUGAUCGCUGCGACUGUACUAACACCAUCUGUGGUUAUGUGCAUCAGCGUUAAAAGCAAGGCCUGACAGCGAUUCACAUUGAAAAUGCAUAGCGCAUUGUUACUUGUUGCCUCAGCAGAUAAGCCUCCUAAUUUCAUGCUUGAUGCUCUUGCAUAGUCUGUCUUCUGUGCUGUAGGGAAUGUAGGCGAAUGCUUUCUUUGAGAACCACCGAUAUGGGGGAGGGGUGAUUUCUCUUGUGGUUAUUGCAGGGAGCCCGUCAACAUUUUUUUCUGCGUGUGUGUGUCUGUCUGUUUGCUAUGUGCACACAUUGCUAGGAAUGCUGUCAGCUAUGUGGUUCGACAAAUCUGGUGCAGAGUAACGUAGAAUCUCGUAGUGAUCAAUAGAGAAUACUGCUAACGUGUGCUUGCUAUUCGUUGCCAAUGAAGCAGAAAUGGCAACGACAGUGUGCCGCUUUUGUUAUGAAAGUUCAUUAAAAAAAUAGUUUAUUCAGUGAAAGCCUAUUUAGCACGUCUUUCCUUUAUUGCAUACGUGGCGGGCAUCUUAGAUCACCUUUUUAACAGCCAGGCCUGCGUUACAUUUAGGUGCACUUUUAUUUUGUCAUGUUACACCUGCAAAAGUUAGGUGCACGUCCCCAACUGCGAGAUUCGGGGGUGCAUUAGAAUCUGGUAAAUACGGCACCCAAAGAAAUUUUCUCUAGCACAGUACUAUUUACUUCUUGGUGUGUCAUACAUCAUUCAUAUUUACGUACACAAAGCGCCGGAGAAAUAAGCUUUGUCCUUUUGUCAUCACUGUACUGCCAUGGUAUCAAUAUGCAUGCAGUUACCGAUAUUUCUAUUCCAACAAAUUCACAAGAAAAGUUUAUGCUUUCUGCUGCUUUGCUUUCACUUAAAUUUUGCAACACGAGUGCAGUUUCUUUUUUUUUUUCACAUCAUUUGGUAGGACACACGGCAUCAUUGUUUGCCUGGUUUCACUGCACUUUGUUCCCAACAGGCAGCGAAUCUGGUAUAUCUGUCUGCGGCAGCUUGAUUCUGCUGUGGCGAGGUUAAAUUUUUUCUAACCAGGCAGACAACCAGUCCAAGUAUUUUAUCGAACACUGGUAGCCAUGAAAUCUCAAACAUUUGAGAGCGAGAACAAAACAAUGGUGAGUGCAAAACGUUGCUCUGAAGUUGUUAGAAUAAAAGUGCAGGGGAAAAAACAUGCCCCCCCCCCCCCCCCCCUUACGGUUGAUGUGUCCACUAGAAGACACUGCCAAUGGUUGGCAGCGUCCCCUGUUGGAAUUCGAAAUCAAGCUAGUUGAACCUCUUUUCAAGAACACCUGUAGUGUUGCUAAAUUUCGAUGCGCACACCUCAGAUGAAACUACUUUUUGAAUGCUUCAUUUACUUGGGGCAUUCUUGUUGUUCCUGUGUACUAAUUAUGUCUAAGUAGCGACCCUAACAAUGAUCAGACGUUUUGUGACAGAUAUAGUAGAACCCUGUAGCCACUGUCCAUUUCAUAAUAAUUUCCUAGUUAUAUGUUGCAGUGCAUGGUUCCCGUAAGGUGAGCCUAUCUUAUUGUUGUUUUGUUUAUACACUCUCCCGUCUCUUGCAAGCAGUUUUUGGCAAGAUUACACAAGAAAGAAGUUUGUGUUGGGUUCUGCUGUGUUUACCUAAAACAUUUCCUAUGCUAUAUACAGUCAACUUUCAUGAAUUCGAUCAUGAUGGGGUCGAUUCAACUGGUCAACUGACCGGUGGAUCAAAUUUAACAAACAUCAAAGAAAGGUUGCGAUUUCACCCGAAAAGUGAAGCAUUGAUUGCGAUAGCAAUUAAGCAGACAGCUGUAUGAAGUAAGGGUACUAGCUUUAUCGGCUGUAUAAGCUUCGAAACAUUGGCGUACUGACUGAAUUAACAUUGAUGGCGUCAGCGCACACAAGCAAACCUGAGCACAUCACACGCUAUGAGUGCAGCCUCUCGCUGUCAAAAUGCUGGUGUGAGCAAGCAUGACAGCAGGAGUAAGCAAAGUAACCUUCGUAUGCUUCAACGCAAGAGUGGCAAGAUAACAAUGUGCACAAAGGUAUGAGCUGUCUGCAGAUCCCUUUCAAGAUAUGGCGUGCGCGACCAUGCAAAGUAUGCCCUUGUUGGCAGAGUCGAAACCGCCGCCGCUCCUCCCGCUUUCCCUCAUGUAUGGCGCGCGAGAUUGAGCCUCGAUUGUCAGUUCCCCUUGCACCCGGCCAUGAAAUACGCAGUUGCUGCCGGAGCACAAUGCACCCACCACCCUCUCCCCUCUAUGGUGUACUGGAAUGGGGCAGUGUGUUGUCCGCACAGCUAAACAAUGGGAUAACCGAGGAUGCUUCUGCAUUGAUGCCACCAGACAGGUGCUGCAAGUGGGUAAAGUGCGAAAUUUAAACAUGUGCAAAACUUUCUGCAUUUAUAAACUAGAACCCUUUCUAAACACAAUUGAAAUUAUUAUGGUUUGCGAAAAAUACAUAAUACAAACUGUUAGGAUACAUCAGUAACACCACCUAAGCUUGCAUGUUUCCAACCGCAGAUCAUUCAGUGUUCCAGAUUGUCUGGUCAGCAUUUCGGUUGCAGAAGACAAAUAAACGCUCGUCUGCUCGUCCAUUUGCUAUCGUCCAUAGGCUUCUAGUAUCUCGAAACACACGAUAAGCCCAGAAGGAAACACAAAGCAACCACCAGGCACAGUGUAACUCACUGUGCCUGGUGGGUUGCACAGGAUUCCUUUCAUGUUACAUCAGCCAGAAAAGCGGUCGCCAGGUUUCACUGAAGAAAAACAAAUAUUGCUUUUUGACGAAUGCAGCUGCCAACGUUUGGAUAUUUAGCUCUGUAAAAGGGCACCGAAGGAAAAGAAUGCAGCCGAUGUUCUCAAUGUGCCCAAUCUGAAGCAGUCUGGAGUUCUGAUCGUUAUGCAGGAACCUCAGUGCACGCACACACACAGACAUUUACAAACCCAGCACUUGCCAUGCACAUAAAGGAUGUGCUAAUGCGGUAGGAAAAACCACAGCAAGCAAUCGGCAAGCUCCGUACGUACAUGCAUGACCUCCGCAACAACCAUAACUGAUAAUCCUGGAGGCCCUGUGUUGCACCAUUAUUUUUCCUCUUGCCAUCAGUGACUCCAGGCUGCAGCGACAGAUGGCGCUGCAGUAGACAGACGUGCUCCAGCACCUCCGGCUGUCAUCGCAAAAAGGCACGUUUUCACCGCUGGACGACACAGUGCUGUAUUCCAGUACACCAAGUCCCCUCUUAUCCUCUCAUGGCCUUUCGCGCGACGGAAGACUGCGUGUUUGCCCUCUUUCUUCCUUCGUGUGCGCCAGAUUGACCUGUGAUUGCCGCUCACUCUCGCACGCUUUCACUCGCAACACGGCAUGUGGCGCAAGGAGACGAAUUUAUCGCCAUUGACGAUAUUAUUAGACGAAGGCCAAUUUUGAGAUCAAAAUAACGGAGAUUUGGGCUCAUAGAACUGUGUGGGCGCCAACCAGGACUUUCAGUUGGAUCGAAAUAAUGGAAGUCUACUGCAUAUUCCUUUUAUUGCAACUCGCAUGUAUUAGAACCAACAGUUAUAAUGGAAUGUGUUUAAAUAUUUCUAGCAGCAGGAAUGUCCACUAGGCUUAUAUAUUCUCAACUUCAACUGGCCAUUUUAGGGCAGUCAAAUUUUUUUUCAAGAUGGAGGGCUCCACUUAUGUAAUGCUAGUUCUUUACAUGUAGCUGUGCCCAACUUUUAGCGCUGUUAGCUUUUAUAUCCAAGUGGUUGAGAGCAAGUAUUGCUUGAUUGACUUUUAUUUAUUCAUUUCGUAACACAGUUUGCACUCGCUGAGUGGACCCAUAGCCCUCGGCUAGUUUGGUAGUCACGUAAAUGUUUCCCAUCAGGCUUAGUGUGCCAGUGGCAAUGUAAAGUGGUGAGGUUUCACGCAAACAAGCAGCUGUUUGAAUCUGAGCUGAAGUUGAUGUGGUCAAGCUUUCAGUUUUCACGCACACCUUCAACUAAUUCCUGCAGAUGUGACCCAGGCUGACUUUGCACUUUAGAAGUGAAUUAGUGGUGUUAAUGUUGAUUACCUGCUAGGGUAGCCCAGGGACUGUGGCGUUGCGCUACUGAGCUUGCGGUCAUGGGUUUGAUCCCGGCUACUAUGGCCACACAUCGAUAGAGGCAAAAUGCGAGAACACUCUUGCUCUUAAAUUUAUGCGCACGUCAAAGGGCCCCAGGUGGUCAAAAUUAAUUGAGUCCCUGACUAUGGCAUGCCUCAUAAUCAGGUUCUGGUAUUGGCUCUUCAGACAGCAGAAUUUAAUUGUUUUUAAUGCCUGUGGCUGUGGCGACAGCAUUGACAAAUACACACAGGCCUAGCUAGAUGUGAUGCCAUGGUUUCAAAUUGACUGCUGAUGGCAAGUGCUAUCGUGCAUUUGUCUUUGCAGUGUUUUCAUAACAUAUUUUAUCCAUCUUAAAAAAAGUAUAAACAAUAUUUCUGAGUUCAUUGAAUGCUUCUAAUGUAUCUGUGACAGGUAGCAAUGAUGAAAGCACAUUGUGAAAGCUGAACAUGGUACAAAAUUGCUGGCAAGAAGUUCUAAAUGGUAGAAACUUCUUUCAGUUUAAAGUACAGGUAUCUCCUCAGUGACGAAAAGGUAGGGCAUGGUGUGAAUAAACUGAGCAGCAAAGAUUAGGGUCCUCGUGCAGCUCCAUUAUCAAUGUGAGCAUGACAGGAAUGUUUCGCAUGUGCCUCCUUCAGCUCAGAUUUGGGAUUGAGAAAAGAUCUGCUGGCUUUGACUUGUGGGGAUUAGAGCAAUCACUCGGAGAUACCAGAGGUUUGUUCUAAUAUGUACCACAGAUAAACUGUAAAAAUUUAUUUCAAUGAGCUUGAAACUGACUUUAUUUGUCAGGCCACAGUUCCUAUUCCCAUAUCGUCUUUGUGAAGUGUUUCGGGUCACUCUUGCACCGAAACUGUUUGUCACACUUCUAUGUUCAUGUAGGUGUUGCCCUGCAUGUCACCAAUGUCUACCUUUGCUUGUUUUUAUCUUGUGUGUCCUUGUGAUGCAAUGGCAGGAUUUAUUUGAAGUACCACCUCCAUCAUUUCAGGCUUCUGUGUCUUUCUUUGUCUGUGUGAAGUAUUCUACAUAUUGAAGUGCAUAUUAAAAGUGUUGUUGACAUUGACGCGAUUAGAAUUGAAGCAGUAUAGCAACACGGCCUAUUUCCUCUGCCGAAAUGUGUCAUGUAUGAGGCAUGUAACGCAGCUGGGCUCCUUUGUGCAUCCUGUAGCGGCACAUGUCUGAACAUUUGUUCAGACAAGAGUGUCUCUAUAAUAUAUGUGACGUGUUCGAUUCUGCGCAGCACCACAGAAAUUUUAGUAUCUUUUUUUUUUUUUUUUGAUAGAGGAGCAGAUACAAAGUUUUGGCGUCAGAGGUUCAUUGAAGAGCGGGACGUACCCUGUGGCACAUCUCCUGCGGAACACGGCUACUGAGUAUCUUAAAAGUGUCUUAAAUAUGCUGAUCGUAUUAGAAGGUCUUGGUGCUUGUCGCCCAAGAAGUUGGCAGCAUUUCUUAGCUAAUCAAAAGUAUUAGUGAUAAGUCUUAGUGAGAAAAGGAAAUUAAAGGUAAAACGAUUGAAAAUGAAAUGCUACACACAUGAAGCUACUUCAAAGAGGCACAAUUUCUCGCUCAGCUCACAGUAAUAUGCAACAUAAAAUUCUGAGGUAAACAUUAGAAGGGAAAGAUGACAAUAGUCGGAAACACCAUUCUACAUGUCAUUUCAAGAGAACAAAGAUUGUGAAGGAAUAGGAAGCUACUGCAUGGAGAAAACGAUGUAGACUUGAGCUAAGAAAGAGUAACACAUGGACAACAUACUAGAUCGCAUUAAUUCUUGUGUUUCCUCUUGUGCGAUUAAGUGAAUAACUGUACAUGAGCCGUGCAAGAACUGUGCGGACAUUAAGGGUGCCGACAACUGAUUAAGGUACCUGUUUACAUAUUUUUUUUUUAUUGCAAUGCAAAGCAUGCUGUAUAGGGUUCCCAGUCCUAAAGUAGUUAUGCAGAAAACAAUAGAAACUUUUGCUUCCGUCUGUAGUCGCAAUGAGCAGCUUUGUGCUGGAAAUGGCUAUAACUAAGCGUGACAGCAAUUCUACGCCACCAUGGGAGAGAACCCGUCAGCAUGUGUGGCACCAGUUGGAAGCAAUUCAUCUUUUCUUUAAUCAAGGCCGUCAUCAUGUGGCUGAUGCUUUCAAAAAUAAGAUUUAUUUUGGCAAUGUAUUUUCUAUUGCACUGUCUUUUAUGCUUCGGUCAUUUUCGAGCCAAGCCAAAUUCUUUCAGUAAGGCUUGUCUGGCAAGGUUAGCACAGCUUUAUGCAGAGUCUUUACCGCAGAGCAAGUUCAAGGGAAUUUGCAUCUUACAGGAAGGCCACAAAACACCACAUAGAACACCGGGGGACUUGCAGGCUUGUGCGUGUACAAGAGCAUACCUAGAGACAUCGCCGUUUCACUCAUUGCCAUGGCUGCAGCGUCUCUUGUCAACAUGAACUUUCUUUACAUCGUAAAGGGCGCUGAAGAGUGCAUAAAAAUAUAAAAUAUACAACAAAAGCAUUUAAUAAAAGGCACAGUUCACUUUAUGACAGCUAACUUGCAUACAAAGAUUUGUGAUCAUAAGCGGUGGCUUAACCUCUCUCAGUAGUGUCACUGCGUCCAGUUUUGCACUACUUUGUGUGCCCAUAUAAAAUUAAAAUAUAGCCUCAUUCAAUUGCAAAUGUCCUGUUGCAUUGUUACACGAAACUUUAUUUCAUUUACACCAUGACCUCGAGACACCUUUGGUCAGAUGUUGGUCUCUUUAAAGCUGCACAGUCCAUUUACAGACCAAAGCAUCUGUUAGUGGUGGCGCAUGCUGAAGAUUGAUCACAUUCUGUUUGAAUCUCAUUAGUGCAUUUAGUUCAUGGCAUAUUGUCUCGCUUUGUGUUUGGCCAUACGUGCUUGGGUGGAGAAAGCUUGAAUGUGGACUCUGGUAUGAGAGAACUGUUGAAUCUUGGAGUUGUACCUCGUGGUGUACAUUUUCGACGCAAAGAUGGAGAGAAGUGGCCUGCAUGUGGAGAAUUGUGGUUAUUUGCUCUAAAAAUGGUAUAGGUGUUGGUUUCUGUUUUUAUAUUUAGUUUGUACCCAUGUAUGAGGAAUAAAUUGCAAUAAUGUUCCAGUG